AUGAACGAUCACAGCUACUCAUCUUUUCGUUUGAAUCGACGUUCGCUGAAACUUGAAUUAGUUGAUGGUUCAAUUCAAGAAAUCGAAUACGAAUUACCAAUUGACCGAUACGAUCUAUUACGCAUUAUAUAUCACGAUCUGAAAUAUGAUCAAACUUAUGAUUGGGAUACAUUUCAUGAAUCAACAGCAUUUAUUCGUACAGAUAAUGGAAUCACGACAUCAUCACCAUUGAAUUACUCAUCAGAUGAUAUCGUAUACAUUUUAGUUUUGCCUAGCAAUACGAAAAGUCCAUUUGAACGAUUUAAACAAUGGUUAUGGUCUUCUUAA